AUGGCCCCCCCCUCCAUCAACCUCCUCUUCCACCCCAAGAAGAAAAAGACAAACGGCGCAGCCCCGUCUCCGCAGCCCUCACCCCCCAAGCGCCCCCGUCCCGCCGUGGCUAGGCCCCCGCCGAAGAAGCCAGAUGACGACGACGACAUGGCCGCCCUCCCCGAGGGCCCGUACACCGAGUUCAAGCUCGUCUCCUCCGCACUCAACGGCUGGAAAUACGACGUCAUGAAGUUCGACUCGCGCAAGCAGGUCGACAUCCUCAAGUGGCCCGCCCCCGUCAAGCUCAACCGCAAGGACCUGCGCCGCUCGGCCGGCGCCGCAGACGACGGCGUGCCCCAGGCCAGGGCCGUCGGGCCCAUGCUCGGGCCUGACGGCAAGCCCGUGAUCGGGAUGGAUGGGCGGACGGUGAUGGUCGACGCCGAGGGCAGGCCGAUCCACGCCGACGGCUCGUCCUCCUCGAACAGGCAGGACAAAGGGAAGGACAAGACCCAGCCGCCGAAGAAGAAGUUCCAGAAGAAGACGAAGCAGGUGUUCAAGGUCGCGGAGGAGAUCAGGCAGCUGCGCAAGGAGGAGCGCUAUCCGUGGGUGCUGGAAGACGCCAGCGGCGGCGAGAUAUGGGUCGGGGCGAUGGAGGAGGUCGUCAAGGCCGAGACCCAGGCGUUCUUCAUGCCCGCCUCGAACAACACGUUCAAGUUCGUUCCGGCCCAUCGCUGGUACAAGUUCCAGAAGAAGCCGAACCAUUAUAUUCCGAGCUUGGAAGAGGCAGAGUCGCUGAUGGCGCGGAUCAACCAAAACAAAGAUCCCAUUCGUUGGCUGCUGAAGCACAACGGACAAGGCCCCUCCGCUGCGACUGCCGCGACGAUCAAGGGCGAACCGGACGAUGGCAUGACUGUGGGGCAAAGUCUCGGUCCUGGCGGUCGGCAACUCCGGACGGUCGACAAGGGCUCCGAUGCACUCUUUGGAGAUGACGACGACGAGGGCGGAGGGCGGAAGAGGAAAGAUAACGGGGCGGAGGGCAGCUACGACGAGAUGCUGUUUGCUGAGGACUUCCAGGACGACGAGGAGAAGAUGAACGUCGAGGAAGAGGAGGACGACCUCACAAAAGAAUUAGAAGAACGGCUCCAGCGCGAGUAUAUCAGUGCCAACAAACAACGAGAAGGUCACAUCGAUGAAUCGGACGACGAAGAAGACUUCGAGCUCAGCAAGGCCGGCAAGGCACUGAAUAAACUUGUCAACAAGCACGGCGAUAACGACGACGAUGACGACGACGGGCUCUUCAAUCCGUACAAAAACGACGACGAGGAGGAAGAGGAAGAAGAGGAAGAGGCUAUCGUCACGAACGAGCCUGCCGUUAUGUCUCAACCUCUGCCAUCGCGAGCGACUCCUAUAGCCUCGCGGCCGCCUUCGCAGCCCACUGUAGCCCCUGCGCAACCCUCCGUCCCAUCCACAUCAAACUCCCGAGCAACGUCCCCCGUGCCUAGCCACGGCGGCCAUGUAGUCGUCGCGAAGCGUGCGACGAGCCCCAAGGCCCCCAAACCCAACCGCCUCGGGAACGGCGGUCGAGCAACGAGCCCCUUGGCGCAGUCGUCUGCGGUGGUCGCCAGCGCGCCAGUCCGCGCCACCAGCCCGGCCGCCUCCUCGUCCCAAGCCCCGAACGGCGCGUCUGCAGGCAGCCGCGCCACCAGCCCCGUCGCCGCGCCCCUCACCACUCCAUCGAUGGUCACGCCGACCGCCCACCCCACCAAACCGAGCAAGAAGCGCAAGGCGACGGACGACUCCGCCGCGGGCCAGCACAAGAACAAAAAGUCCAAGCCGCACCCGCCGCCUGCCGUCGGCCCGGACGGCAAGUUUCUAGAGCUUGAGGACAGCGCCGUGGUCGACUUUCUGCGCGAGCACCCCUCCAUACCGACGCGAGAGUGCAUCCACAACUUCCUGCCCUAUUUACAUACCCCACAGAGGAAAGCGAAAUUCACUGCGCUCAUCAAACGGAUAGCCCAGCUGAAACAGGAUAGCACACAGUUAGUUCUGCGAAGCGCGUAUCGUACAACUGGCGCGGGCCCGAGCAAGUGA